CCAGAAUUCCUGUAAGUGGUACAAAAAAAAUACGUUUGAAAAAAAUACGGAGGUCUAGACAUUUCCCCUUUUUUCUUUGCUUUUACAAACAUGUGGAAACUUCCUCUAGAAAUUUUACCUCUAAUAUUUAGCCAUCUCGGAAACAAUGACAUUUUACAAUGUGCUCUUGUGUGCAGUAUUUGGAAGGAAACUGCAAUGCCUUUUUAUUACGAGAAUGUGACACUAGAUGGCGAACGUGUUGAUCUGGUAAAAAAGCUUUUGGGAUUAGAUCCCGUUGAACGCGAUCGUCACUUUCAAUAUGGAAAAUUUACAAAAAAGUUGACCAUUGAAAGAGAAAAAGAUGAAAUGGAUUACAUAAUGUAUAUGACAAAUUCUUAUCCCAGUGGGUAUCAAGAACCUGAUGUAUACUUUGACAAGGAAGAAUGGAUAUUACUUUUAGAAUACCUGCCAAAUAUCGAAGUUUUAGACUUGGACGAUAGCGAUAACUAUGUGUCCUAUAUCCAGUAUAUAAAUGAAGCUGAAUCCAACAAAUUCCUACUAAAGAUUCAAAGCAUUUUGACUCAAAGACAAAAGCAAGUUUUACAAGGCGAAAAAUAUACUUUUAACGAUAUUUACUUGGCUAUUUGUUACAAAUACCGUGCUACUAUCACUUGUCUUGAUCUGGAAUUCGAUAACUUGUUCUUCAACUUUGGCUCUAUGAAUGGUGAAGUCAUCACUUUGUUAACGUAUUUUAAUAGCUUGACACAUCUGACAUUUAGAAACACUUGCUCUGCUGAACUUACCACAUUGGAUCUUCAAGAUGCUUGCCCUCAUCUAGUUUCGUUGACUUAUCACAGUGAUUAUCAUAUUCCGGAUUCUACAAUAAAAAAUGUUCUGGAUAAGACAAAACAUUGGAAAUUGGAUUACAAGAAUUUAAAAGAAUUUGAAAUAGAUGUUCCGUCAUUUCAAAAGAACUACGCUGAUUACAUUGCAAAAAAUGUCACUCGACAUGUGGAAAGAUUAUCACUAAAAAUUAGCAAACUGGAUCUAUAUGAUUGGAUGGAUCGAAUUGGUUAUUAUAAUGCUUUAAGUCUUUUUAACAGUUUUGGAAGCGUAGAAGAUACUCGUAUCUCCUGGAAUCCCGACCAGGAUUACAAACGACAAUAUUCGAACAGCAAGUCCGAUAUGACCAUUUUUUACUCGAUGCUGAAUGCACUUAAAGGGGACAACAGAGUGUAUUGUGCUUGCCAGUUUUCAGAUUUUCAUGGAGGGUAUAAAUCCAUUCAGUACAAUACUUCAAAAAAUAAUUUAUACUUUGAAUACGGAUUGAAUCAUCUUGAUUUUUAUCACACCGGCGACACAGAUUUAUCAUCUCGUAUGGCUGGAGUCGUAUUACCCGAUUAUUCCAUGUCAACUAUUGGACCCGAAAUAAUCAAUAGUAUGGUUGUAAAUAUACACGAUGCUCAUUCAGAUUUACUUUUGAAAUUCUUACAACAUGCACUAACAAAUUGUCCAAAUCUUGAAUACUUUUUAUAUAAAUCGAUGAAACAUCCCAGAUGCGAUAUUUGUAUCUGUACUGAUAUACACAGCCUUGGCACCAGAAGAAAGGGAGAAAACAAGUUAUCAGACACGACUCAAGAAAACAUCAAGGUUGUAAAAACUCAAAAUAUGCUCCCAUCAAAAGAAAUACUGCAACUUCUAAAUAAUUAUGUUCCUGCUAUGAAUACUCUUGUUUGUGGACAUAAUAGUCCAUAUGAUACCCCAUUGGCAGAUGUGGCCCUAAUAGAUUUAACGGGAUUCAGUAACCUUUCAUUAGUGAUCAUUGAUAUCCGACUCUUAUAUGUUGAUAGUCCGGGUGUAUGUGUCGUUGAAAUGGAGUAUUCAUCUAAAGACCGUGGUUAUUACCUAUUCGAGAUGAAUGAUGAUGGUUUAGCUCUUAAAUCUGUUACAAUCAAAGAUAUCGAAGAACAAAAGGACAUCAUCCGAUCGACCCUUAUCAAAUGCGACAUACAUGUCAACUUCGAGUUUUAUUUUAAAUAUACACGUGUUGCAAAUAUUAUCAAUGGGAACCUUAUUCCAAAAAAUGAAGUCUUUUGUGAUUCCUAUGGAUUCUUUAUGUUUUAAUAGCUAACUUUUUAUGCAAUAAACCACACCUCACUAUUUGUAUUUUAAAACCCAUACAGUAUCUACCUGAUCAUCAGUCAUUUUUAUAGUUAAAGAACUUUUCGCGCACACUUGUUUGUUCGGUUUUUGACUCGCCCAUUCUAUGUCAUGAUGAGAGGCUUGUACUUACUAAGGCUUAUUCAAAAUCGACAGAUCAAAGUAGGGAACUAGGUUGCCCAUCCACGACUACGAUAUAGAACCGCUUGAAAAUAUAUUUUUUCUCUUCGAUAUGAAAAAAAAAAUGAUAUAACAAACAAUAAAUA